AUGGACAAAUGCCCCUCUUCGUUUUAUUCAGAGUAUGGAAACUCUACUGCGCUAUGCUCAAUUUUCAUUGCAUUUUCCAAAAAUACUCACAUAAUUCACAGAAAAUUUGUUUUCUUCAUAAUGAAAUCUGCUCCUAUUAUAUCCUUUACUUGUCUACUGAUAAACGUUUUACAUCUAGCAAUUCUCUAUCAAACCUCAAUGAGAACAUCUUCUAUUAACUGGUUUUUAUCAUUCGUUGCCAUUUCAGACAUUCUUUUUCUUCUUUUCCCUAUUCAAUUAGAAAUUGUUUCGAUUUAUAAUAGUUAUCAACCAUGUCCAAUUUUAGACUCUUAUCCCGUUUUACUGAUUAAAACCAUAUUCGAUGCUCUUCAAUUCUUUUCCAGAAGAUGCUCAAUCUGGUUCAGUCUAUCCAUUGCAGUCAUUCGUACUUUAGUUAUUCGAAAUCCGAUUGAUCCAAAAUACAGUAAACUUUCAAAACCAUCAUCAGUUGUUUAUGUAUUGCUCUGUAUAAUUCCAUUAUUUCUCCCUAUAUCAAUUCUUGGUUUUCUAAAAUACAAGUUGAUCGAAAAUCCGGAAAAUAUACAUUGUUCUCAAUCCAAUAUCACUUCAACCAAAUUCUUAUCCAAGUACUCCGAUAUGUUUUCUGCAAAUGAUUAUUUGGUUUUUCGCAUAUAUAGUUUCAUAGAUCCGAUAUUGUCCAAGUUGAUUCCAUGUUUACUAUUCCCAGUUUUCACAUUUCUUCUAGUUAGAGAGUUUUUGAAAACUGAAACCAACAGAGCAAAGAUGAUGAAUUCUGGAAAAACACAUCAAAAUUCCGGAAGGAAAACCAAACUUGUAUUAUAUCUCACGAUCACUUUUUUCAUUGCUGAUUUUCCAUUGGGAAUUGUGAUCUUCGCUAAACUGUUUUUCAAUCCACAUUCUGCGAUCGUGUACGGUUUUACAGUAUAG